AUGGCCGACGCUGGUCAGCCACGGACCCUCGCAACUGCGUUUGCCCCGCCGCCCCCGCUCUGGAAACAUUUCACGCCCGACAAUCUCAAGAAGCUCGAGGAGAUCAAGAAGGAAGCGUCAAAAGGGGAGGAUGGGAAGCCACAGCGAAGAAAAUGGUCGCCAGCUGAACUACGCGCCCUGGACGUACCGCCAGAGCUUCGGUUUCUCGUGCCCCCAGAGAUACCUAGCUCCGGACAUUACAGCGUGUUUGGAGAACUCCAAAGCCUCUCGACCGCUCUUCCAUCCCUGAAGGAUCAGGGCAUCACUCAGCUUUACCCCUCGUCCCCGCCAGCAGAGACCGACCGUCAAUCGCCUUCAGAGCCGUCUCGACCGCUCAACCACGCAUACUAUCUCCUGAAGAUCAGCAAAUCCCUCCUUUUGAACUUUCUCGAAUUCGUGGGCGUUCUUUCGGUGUCUCCGGAGCAAUUUGAAUCCAAAGUUGAGGACUUGCGCAACCUGUUCAUCAACGCGCAUCAUCUUCUGAACUUGUAUCGACCACACCAAGCUCGGGAAUCGCUGAUCAUGAUGAUGGAAGAGCAAUUGAGCCGAACGAGGGAAGAAAUUCAGCAGAUGGACAAGUUGAAGGCCGAGAUUACGAGUGUCCUCGAACGUUUGGAAGCCGAUGGGAUAGCCGCGCAGUCGCCUGCCCAACAAUCAGAGGAGGACGGCAGAAAGGAUGCCACAUCAAACGAGAAGGCUAUUGAAGACGCACGAUUGGUUUGGGAUCUCCUAGAUGGCAAAAUUGAGGGUUGA